UGCGGGGAACAGGGAGGGACCUCCUGGGAAACGAAACUGAAACUUUGCAGCCCGGGUUUCUGGGGCAAAAUAAAUCUUUGCUCUGUCCGGACUGUGCAAAGUCCCUGAGCCCCUACCGAGCAAGACGCCGACAGCCAUGGCUUCCAGGCCCUGCCCGCCGUCCCCGCUACUCGUGCGGCUGCCGGAGUCCAUCUCCCGGGCCCACAGGAAACUAGAGAAAUACUUCCAGAGCCGGGCCUCGGAAGGCGGGGAGUGCAGUGUCCAGCCCUUGGGCCCCAGCGCCCCCGACACCUUCGAGGUGAACUUCCUAGAAAGGGCAGCUAAGGAGAGAGUACUGAAAAAGACAGAGCACCAGAUGGAGGUUGAUGGCAAACCUGUGACCAUUUUCCUGGAAACCACGAAAAAGCCAGUGGAGGACCCAAGCUCCAGUCCUCCAUCUCUGACACAGCCAGAUGAGACUCCAAGCUCCAGUCCUCCAUCUUUGACACAGUCAGCUGAGGCUCCAAGCUCCAGACCUCCAUCUGUGACCCAGUCUCUGGAUGAAGCACUGUCUGAUGAAGGGACUGUUUACAAUUCUGAUGACGCUAUUGUCCAGGAGGUCUUUCUUGCUGUGACCGCUGAGCUGAACUGUGAGCUGCUCUCCAAAGAGCAGAGGGCACACAUAGCCUCUGUCUGCCCUGGCAUCAGAAGCGUGGAGGGUGAGGAUGGUAUUGCCAAGGUGUGUGGCAGCUUCAAAGAUAUUGAGAAGAUACAUAAUUUCUUGACUGUGCGGCUUUUGGAAAGUGAGCAGAAACAGAAGUACCCCACACACAAAUACCCCCCUUCUGAUGUGGAGAGACAGCCACCCAACCAGCAAGACUCGGGCAUGGACUUUUCCUCUUCGGAACCAAAAACCGGGUUAGAAGAUGAUUCUGAGAACCGUGUUGAAGUUCCUCUGCUUUUCCUUGAAUAUUUCAGACAUGCCUAUCCUGAUAGAAUAGAGUCCAUAGCGAAUAAAUUUGGUGUAAGCUUUAAAGUCCGAGACAGUGCUCCCAAUAUGGCCUCUGUACAAUUCACCACCGGCCAACCAGGCAACUUAGAAGCAGCCUGUCAGUAUUUUAUCAGAGACUUUCAGAGAUACACCCAAGCUCUGAAGCAAGACUGUGUCUCUUUAGAAGAUCCUCAGAGAGCAAUGAAACUCAGACAGGAGUUGAAUCGCUGCUUUCCACAGCUCCUGAUAAAGGAACAGGGAAGAAAGCUAACUCUCCUCGGGUCUCAAGCUGACAUCUCAGCCGCCACAGAAAAAGUCUCCCAAAAUUCCUUCAAGACUCCUGUGGAAAUAAUGUCCUCUGGUUACAUGACAGGGAUUGAGGUUGAUUCAACUCACUUCAACCUUCUAAAACCAGCAUUGGACCAGGAAAUCUCAGAGAUAGAGCAGAAGUAUAACACUAGUGUAGAAGUCCAGGAGAAUACCCAGAAAACCUGCAUUCUAAUUGUCCCCAUGGAUAAGGAGGUCGACCUGUCCGUGCACUCUUAUGCCAGUUUCACUGAUGCAUUCCAACAUGCCAUGUGUCAGCUAACGACAGAAAUCCUGCCGCUGAAACAUUUGGGCAUGGGGAAAGCUCACUUACACAAGUUUGUCGAUGACUUAAAGAAAAAGCACCCAAACGUACACUUCGUGGUAUCUAAAGAGUCAAUGACUUUGAUGGGUUUGCCGAAUCAGCUUGCACAGGCAAAGCAGUAUAUGUUCAAAAGAAUGGGACUGUCCCUACCAUCUGGAGAGAGCUUAAAUGUGGAUCACGAGACACCCAUGGAUAUCGAUGCAAAUGAAGCUUCACCUCCUCUCAGAGGCUCUGCUGACGACAGCUCUGGGGCCUUGAAGGUGAAUGAUAACGAAGAUUCCUGUGCCAUCUGCAUGGAUACCAUUAGCAACAAGCAUGUGCUCCCUAAGUGCAAGCAUGAAUUCUGUUCCUCUUGUAUCACCAAGGCCUUGUCAUUCAAGCCUGUCUGUCCUUUGUGUCAGACGUCCUACGGUAUCCAGAAAGGGAACCAGCCAAAAGGAGUCAUGACUUUCUCCACUUCAAGACGGUCACUUCCGGGUUAUGCAGACUGUGGCACAAUUGAGAUUCAAUACAUUAUAGAAAGUGGCAUCCAAACAGAUGAGCACCCAAACCCAGGAAAGCCUUAUAUUGGAACACAACGAACUGCAUACUUGCCUGAUAAUCAGGAGGGAAGACACGUCUUGGAUCUGCUCCAGAAAGCCUUUAAGAACAGGCUGAUUUUCACAGUAGGGGACUCUAGAGUAUCAGGAAUGUCUGAUGUCGUUACAUGGAAUGACAUCCAUCACAAAACAAACAUGUUUGGAGGACCAGGAAAUUUUGGCUACCCUGAUCCUCAUUACCUGACACGUGUCAAGGAGGAGCUGAAAGCAAAAGGAAUUGAGUAAGGAAAGCGCUGGGAAGACGUCUGUGCACUUUCAAAAGAAGUGUGUUAGGAGGCCGCAGUAGGACAGGCCUCAAUCAUUUUGUAGAAAAAACUUAGAGCAUUUUUCAUGUUAAGUAGAUGUAGUUUCUAUAAAGCAGAAGUCUGCUUGCCAGUGAUUUCUAGAGUGUUUCUUUUUCUUGGAAGGCAAAAUAUGAAGGGCAUGUGCUGGGGACAUCAUAACGUGUGAAGAUGUGAGCUCAGAUCCGCAGUAUCCAUGUAAGAGUUGAUGUGAUGGCAUAUACUUGUAAGCUUAGCCCUGGGGAGUGGAGACAGAAGGAUUCCUGGAGCUCACUGGCUAGUUAGUCUAGCCCAAACCAAAACCAUGGGCUCCAGGUUCACUGAAAUCAGGUGCAUCUGGGCAAUAUGGCGAAUGCCUUUAAUGCCAGGAACUGGGAGGCAGUAGCAUGCCAAACCAGGCCAGCCUGGUCUACAUAGCCCAAGUUCCAGGACAGCCAGGGCUACAUAGUGAGGCCAUGGCCAAAAACAAACAAAACAAAUAUGAGGUAGACAGAAAUAAAGACAUCUUACAUCACCCUCUGACCUCUAAAUGCACCUAUAAACACAUUCACACCUGCGCACACACAGAGAAAAGUUGUAGGGCAGAAAAACAUAAAGGAUUUCAAAUUUUUGCUGAGGAAGUUGAUCUCAUUCUUGUGUCCUAUAGGGGUGCUGCUCAGUAUGAAGUCACCUUCUGUAUCUUUCAUUGAACAACUGGCAACUAGUAGACCCUCUCCUGCUGCUUGUUUUCUUGAUACAUGGUCUCUCUGUGCAGCUCUUGAACUCUCUUUGUGGACCAGAUUGGUCUUGAAUCUCGAUCUGCCUGCAUCAGCCUUCUGAGAGCUGGGGUUAAAGACAUGUGCUACAUGCCUAAUUGUAUUUGUUUGUUUGGGGUUUUUGUUGUUGCCUCUUUUGGUUGGUUUAGUUGGUCUGCUUUUGGUGUUGGGACUUAAACCCAAGGGCAGUAAGUUCAAUCCCAACACCUUUGAUCAUUUUCCAUGGCCAUCUCUCUUGUGGUAUGUUAGUUGUUUGGUUUUUAAUCUCUGCCUGGAAAAGUAAAAUCCUUGUGUAAAUGGGAAAGUGAAACCUUUGUGUAAAUGGAAAGUUUAAAAACAGGAUUGAGAGCCGGGCGGUGGUGGCGCACGCCUUUAAUCCCAGCCCUCGGGAGGCAGAGACAGGCGGAUCUCUGUGAGUUCGAGACCAGCCUGGUCUACAGAGCUAGUUCCAGGACAGGCUCCAAAG